AUGAUAGAUGAUCAAGAGCCCGGGUUUGCUGGCCCGUUCAGAAAUCAACCAGAGAUGGAUGUCACAAUCCUUGAGAUACUCUCGUGCCUCACGAGACCUGCGUACGUUCGACUGCUACAGGAGAUUGUGGAUCGUACCUUUGCUGGCCAAAGAACGGUGUUCACCCACGGAGAAUUGAGAUCGAAGCAUGUCAUCGUCGAAAGAGAUGGGCUUGGGGAAGAUGGCAGUACGGACUUCAAUAUCUCGACCAUUGAAUGGGAAGCUGCUGCGUACUCUGAGUAUUGGGAGCUCUGGGAGGCAGCCAUUGCUUGUGCACCGGAGUUCGACUGGAUUGAUUAG